AGCCUUUUCCUGAUUUUACCACAAUUUUAAUUUCUCCAUUAAUGUCUUUUAAUAAUAUUUCGACUUUUUUUUUAAAUGCUAAAGGUUUUCAUAUAUGAUGCUGUGUUUCUAAAAUAUUUUAUGACUUGCCAGAUUCAUUUGCAGGCCAGGAGUAAAGAAAGCAACUUGGAUUUUGAAAAGUGCUCUGUGAAUAAAGAUUAUUCCUAUUAGUAUAAUUUAUAUCAUCUGUUACAUACAUGGGAAGGUAAACGAGUUCAUGUUAAAGGAACAGUACAACAUUUAUCACCUUCUAAAUUACUGUAUUAGUUGAGAUUAUCACUCAUGUAUCUACACUUAAUAAUAAUAAAAAAAACAAGCAAGCAAAUACUCAGUUAGCUUAGCACAAAUACCGGAAACAAGUGAAAUAGCUAGCCAGAAGUUAAAAAUGUACUAAAUGUUUGUUUAUGUUUGUGUUUUACAUUGGUUAUGUGGCAGAGUAUUUCUUUGGUAGUAGUAUAAUUUUCGUACUGUUGGCAGUUUUGUUAGGUUUUGUUUUGUAAGUCAGAUAUAGGCAGGCUAGCUGUUUCCCCCUGCCUACAGUCUUUGUGCUAAGCUAAGCUAAGAAGCUGCAUUGGGAAAAUUGGUUAAACUAUUCCUUUAAAGUGUAAACAAAAUUAGCCGAAGUUGCUAGUUUAUUACGCAAUUCAUUGCGUCCUUUGCUCUCAAAAGAGUGAUUAUAUCAGUGUGUCUUGUGUCUACUCUCCUCUGUUGUGUGGUGGUUCCUUUUUUUCAAGCGCCCGCCCUCUCAGUCAAGUUUGUCCCUCAGCGCGAUCCGUCGGCUGUCCAGAAAAAAAGCGACGGCCGAGAGCGACGCUCGCUGCUGAUGUACCGCUGGCUCAAAAAUGGAGAGCGACACCACUGUCCGGAGAAUAAAAGCCUUCGGGACGCAACAUUAUGUACCUCAGGACAACGACGGAGCCCUGGACCGGUGCGGGAAUAACGGCUACAGCGCUGACCCGAAAAGGAAGCCCGAAGUGAGCCUGUACUUGCUGCGGGAAGCGCUUGCAGCGUCCCUGGUCUCUGUGUUUAUUUUGGUGCUGUGGGGACUCGUUCAUUUGUCGUUGCAGCAGCUUGUCAUUGGGAAGCCGACCGGCGAGUUCAACGCAGUGAGAGCCAGGCAGCACUUAGAGCGGAUCACCAGCGUUGGCCCUCGGCCGGUGGGCAGCCAGGAGAAUGAGGUCCUGACGGUGGGCUACUUGUUGGAGCAGAUUGAGAACAUCCGGCUGGAGACGGCAGCGGGUCCCCAUCAGCUCACCGUAGAUGUACAACGCCCCACCGGCUCUUUCUCCAUCGACUUCCUUGGGGGCUUCACGAGUUUCUACGACCGUGUCACCAACAUCGCUGUCCGGCUGGAGCCCAAAGGUGGCACGCAGCACCUCAUGCUCGCCAACUGCCACUUUGACUCAGUGGCCAACAGUCCAGGUGCCAGUGAUGACGCAGUGAGCUGUGCAGUGAUGCUGGAAGUCCUCCAUUCUCUGGCCAACCAGUCCUCCCCUCUUCACCAUGGCGUUAUCUUCCUCUUUAAUGGGGCAGAAGAAAAUAUACUGCAGGCCAGUCACGGUUUCAUUACCCAGCAUCCAUGGGCCAAGCAGGUGCGAGCCUUCAUCAACUUGGAGGCUGCAGGUGUUGGAGGCAAGGAGGUUGUUUUCCAGACAGGCCCAGAGAACCCAUGGCUCGUCCAGGCCUACGUCCAUGCAGCCAAACACCCCUUCGCCUCUGUGGUCGGUCAGGAGGUCUUUCAGAGCGGCGUCAUUCCCUCUGACACCGACUUCCGCAUAUACAGGGACUUUGGUAACAUCCCAGGUAUUGAUCUGGCUUUCAUAGAAAAUGGUUUCAUCUACCAUACCAAGUACGACACUGCAAACAGGAUCCUGACAGACUCGAUACAGAGAGCCGGCGACAACAUCCUGGCAGUCCUGAAGUACUUGGUAAUGUCAGAGAAGCUGGCCGACUCCUCGGAGUAUCGUCAUGGCAACAUGGUAUUUUUUGACCUGCUAGGUGUAGUCGUGGUGGCUUACCCGGCUCGCGUUGGCACCAUCCUCAACUACAUGGUAGCCACGGCCACCUUCCUCUAUCUGGCCAAGAAAGCCUCACUGCCUGGCAAUGGAGGUGGGCGCUACGUUCGAGACCUGGCCUGUGCCACGGGUGUAGCUGUGCUGAGCUGGUUCGUCACCCUGCUGUCGGUGCUGAUUGUUGCUCUGCUCGUCACCCUGCUGGGCCGCUCCAUGUUCUGGUACAACCAUUUCUACGCCUCCAUCUGCCUGUACGGAGCUGCAGCCACUGGCAAGAUGAUCCUCAUCCACACGCUGGCCAAGAACUUGUACUACGGGGGUGUCCGUCUGGUGGAGCUGGGAGAUCUCUACUUUGACGUGAGCCUGCUGCUGUGGUGCUGCAGCCUGGUGUGGCUCACCCAGCAGGGCCUGUGUUCAGCCUACGUGCCCAUGCUAAUGGUAGCUUUCCCCCUGGCCACCAGACUGCUGCUGGCGAAAGAAUUUAAACACAGAGGAGCAUCAGUGAAGUACAGCGUGCUCUACCUGCUGGGCCUGGCGUUGCCUUAUGUCCACUUCAUGUUCCUCAUCUGGGUGGUGUUUGAGAUUUUCACACCCAUCAUGGGCCGCAGCGGCACGGAGAUUCCUCCUGAGGUGGUGUUGGCCACCUUGGUCACCCUGGCAACCAUCUUCCUCUCCUCUUUUUUUCUACAUUUCAUCUAUUUGGUACGGAGCACAAAGUGGAUCCUGGCUGGUCUCGGCUCAGUCUUCAUCAUCAUGUUCCUCCUGGUGUCCUGCGGCCUCUUCUUUCCUUACUCGGAUAGUCCAGACAGCCCGCGACCAAAGAGAGUCUUCCUGCAGCACACAACACGGACCUUUCACAACCUCCAGGGCCAGGUGGAGAGCCGAGACUCGGGUCUGUGGAUAAACAGUUUUGACUACACGGCCAUACAGCACAUCACGCCUCACAUCCCCGAGAUCAACGACAGCGUUCGGACCCGCUGCCGGGAGGACCGACCCUUCUGCGGUUACCCCUGGUUCCUGCCUGUGAAGUUCCUCAGCAAGAAGAACUGGUACCUGCCUGCUUCAGAAGUUUCUCCAAGCUCUCCGUUGGAGUUCAGCCUGCUGUCCAGGGAGGACACGAGCUGGGGGACGGUCAAGAUGAUGUUCAGCGCGAAAGGCCCCAGCCACAUGUCUCUGUAUCUGAUGCCUCACCGAGGUGCCAGCCUCUCCACCUGGUCCUUCGGGGACGGGACGCCUCAGUUCGACCUGAGCGGAGAAUAUUUUGUCUUCUAUUCACACGGCCUAAACGCCCCCACGUGGACCUUCUGGUUUGAAAUACAGCCUCCCAGAGAUCCAGACCCAUCCGGCCCAGAAGGCAUGAUCUCCGUCGCCAUCUCCUCCCACUAUUUCUUCGGGGAAGACCAGAGGACUGCUCAGUUGGAGGAAAUCCUCCGUAGGUUUCCCACGUGGUCUUUCCCCUCUUCCUGGGUCAGUACCUACGACAUGUACCGAUACUGAGGACGCCGCACAUCACAGAGGCCGAUGGUGAGGAAGAGCCGAGGGCCACGGGGGCCCCCUCCGAGACAGACAGAGACGAGAUUUCAAGGAACAAUACCAGGGACCGGCCCUGCCGCCUUUUCACUCCGACUCGCACAACAACACACACUCUAACACACACACACACUCACGCUCUGUCCCAGCCUGCCUGAGAGACCCCUAUCACUGUGUCAGUAGGCUCAGUAGCUAACCGAGCAGGGCGACACGCAGAGACAUGCCAGAGGUAAGCUGACCAGCCGGCUUCCAGACCGACGCACUGGCUGCCACAAGCCUCGUGCUCACUCCUGGGUUAGUGAAACGCAGGGGUUACGUUUUAGUUUGUUUUCUUUUUUCUACUCAAUCUGUUGUGCCUUUGCUUUUCUCACUCCCUUCCUCACUUUCUCCUCUCGCUCAGUUCCUCCCAUGUUCUUCCGCUCACAUGCUAACACUCUUCCUGAAUGAUUAACAUCGCAUGGCUACCUCCCCUCCCCUCCCCUCCCCUGCUCUCUGCUUAUCAGCAAACCACUCGGGCCAUUGUCAGACUAGUCGUGUCUCUGGCUUCCUCUGCAGAACUAACACCACUAGCACCCUCUGCACUGUAGGUGUAGUAACAUACUGAUGGAAACAAAAACCUGUUUCUGUUCUCAUGCCUCUUCUGGCUUCAACUGGAAACUUUGACACUUUGAAAGUCACUUUUCAUCGACAUGCACUUUGUUCUCUUACAAGCAGAUAGUCUGCUGCUUUAGCUGCUGAGUUAAACUGCUUGUCAUCAUUCCUUACUGACACCACUGGUUUGCAGCGGGUUGUAUCUGUGUUUUAAAGAGGAAUGUCAACAUCUGCUCCUGAAGACGAUGCAGGAAACAGUGCUUGUUGAACUAAAACCGAAGCUGAAAUCAAAGUGUCAAGGUGUCCUUUAUAGAGCGGUUCUCCUCAAAUCUGGAGGCCAAUAUCGAGAUCUGUUCUGACAUCUUAAUGCAUUUAUAGCUGGAUGUAUUCAGCAAAGGUGUAAUUUUCAUUUUGGGUUUGGCAAAAUGGACAAUCCUGUGAUUUAAAAUUAUCGUCUGAGCUUUGCAGAUGACUGGAUGGGAAACCAGCAGUGCAGCUCCACAGUCAUAAACUGCAUCCGUCGCCUCGUUCUGUUUCUCAUGGAGGUGAUGCUCAUUUACAUUUGCUGUCACUGUAAUAAUAAUGCUACUUUUUAAAAACUUGACUAUGCCAAGAGCUGUCUCCAGCAGCACCAAUGACAGUCUCCUGCUUACUGAAAGAAUAGAGCUGCAGUGAUGAUUUAUUUUUUUCAGGCUGACUGAAUCGUUUGUUAUUCCAAUUUGAUGAAUUGUUUCUGUCAUUUGUCAAGCAGAAACGCCCGAAAUCUUCUGCUUUUCAUCCAUGAUAAUUUUAUCUGGGUGUGUUUCGCAAAAGAAAUAUCUCUGAGGAUCUGGGAUAUGCAUUUUUGUUUACUAUUUUUUGGCAUUGCAUAGAGAAUAUAAUCAGAAAUCUGACUGGUACUGGAAAUAAUCAUUAGCUGCAGCCCUAAAAGAAAGUCAUCCUGACAUGUAAGUGCACAUCUUUGCUUCAGAGGGAGACAAUGCAGUAAUAUAGAUCAGAAAAAAAGGAAGCUGUUUUAUUGUAUGGCCUGUAAUUAUCUGAAAUGGCUAUUAGUAGUUAAAAGCUAGAAAAUAGAGACAAUAUUCAAUCAGUAUAAUUUCAGUGAUAUCUGUGCAAAAAAGUGAAAUGAGUCUAAGGUUAAACAUGAAGAGGAAGGUUUGUAGGAGUCAGUGAAUAUGUGUGGAGCUUGUCUUUGACUUGAAUUCCUAUUUCCUCCAUUACUGGCACUAAAUUGCGUAGUUAUUUUCAAGAAAUUUAUUAGAACUUAUUAGUUACAGACGCGUAAAACACAUCGUUACCCAAAACGGUUAUUUAGAAUUUUAUAGUUUUUUUUGUUAUGUUUUGUCACUUUCACCUUUUAUUAGAUCAAUAAAGUGGAGAGUGUCUAGAUAUACGAGAAAACAAGCCAUAAAUAUCAACUGGGAAUUGUUUCGGUAACUCACUGCUCCAAAUGGUUUGAGAUAAAAUCCGGAUCAAUCCCGAAGAAACUCUGUAGUAACAAAGUAGCGUCAUAGCAAAGUGUUGCCCCUGAUGGUUUCCACAUAGUUAUUUACUAACACAGUAAACUGAAGAAUUAAUUUUAGGGAUGCUAGUGACUCUGUUUAAUCGAUUAUUUGCCGUUAACCGAUUAAAAAUAUAUUUACCGAGAGAAUGUUCGUGUUAGAAAAUGUGUUCCACGCCAGUAGUAGUACCUGAGUGAGCCACCAGGUGAAAUGGACUUCAGUAGUUAAAAGCUAGAAAACGGAGACAAUAUUCUAUCGUUAAACAUGAAGAGGAAGGUUUCUAGCUGUCAUUGAAAAUGUGUGAAACUUGUCGAUAAUAUGAAUUCCUAUUUCCUCCCAUUGUUGGCACUAAAUUGAGUAGAUUUUUCAAGAAAAUCAAGCAGUAAGUAUCCGGAUCAACUGGGAAUCGACUUGGUAACUCGCUGCUUCGAUGCCUUAUGGCUUACUCCAUAUACAAACGGUUUGCAAUAAAAUCCUGAAGAAACUCUGUUGUAGCUUACGUACUUAAAGUGUUGCCCCUGAUGGUAGUUAUUAAAGUUACACUAACACAAUGAUGUAACGUGAAAAAUUCAUUUUAGGGAUGCUAGUGACUCGUUUAAUCGAUUAUUUGCUGUUAAUAACUGACUAAAACUAUAUUAACCGAGCGAAUGUCCGUGUCAGAAAAUGUAUUCUGCAUUAAUUGUAGUACCUGAGUGAGCCACCAGGUGGAGCCUUUUCCUGUUUUACACUGAGGAGGCAUCUAUGGGGCUAACAGUAGUUCUUUGUAAGAGUUUAGCUAGCAACGGGCCACCACGAGAAAGUCUUCUGUUAUGCUUAAUGCUUAUUGAGAAGUUUGUUUCAAAAUUUGCAUCCCUAGUUCAUUUAACUCUCUCUUUUGCUGAAAUGCAUCUCAGAAUGUAAAACUCUGCAUUGGUGCUGCUGGAGAGAGCCUUCAGUAGAAACCGUGUCCGUCUCAUAUUUGUUCUGUGUCGCUACAUUUUCUCCCGUUUCGUGUGGAGCUGCAUCUUUUCGUGUCGAACCCAAGUAUUGCAACCACAGUCCAGUUUGUCCGCUUCACUUAGUCUGACACUGUAACACAGCGUUACAGUCAGCAUCACCACUACCUCCACAGCGAUCAAACUGCAGAUAUUAAAGCUCUUGGAUUGAAUGUUCUUGCUGGAAAGAUUUAGGUCACAUUUAGCCAACGAAGGUUAACUAAAUGUUCUAUAUAGAGAGAGUAUGUUUGUGUGUGGGCUACCUCUGUUUCUGUAUUGUUUUCAUGGAUCGCCUACUGUAUCCGUGCAUUCAGAGUGUCAGGAUGACUGUCCCCCCUCCCUGCCUUCAGUCCCACACACUGAUGAUGAGUGUGUUUGUUACUUGUUGGUAGUUGUUAAAACUCGGGAGAUCAACUGAGCAAAAGCGCUCGUCUUCUGUCCACGUUAUGUUGACGUUUCGUCUCGAUCCGUGUCGUCCAUUCGGCUGCAGUCACACAAAAAUGAGAAAUUUACACGAAAGGAGGCCUUAAAAGUUUUGCUUCCAAAGAUGCGCAAAAUGUUUACCGUUGUGGACACGAACAUCUCAGUGGUCUUGUAAGAACAAGCUAUCAAGUGCCGCACUGUUUAGCGUUUUUCUGUAAAUGAUUUGCUGUCAUGGAAGGUUUCAGAGUUGACAUCCUUUGCAGCAGAUUGUCCCACUGUGCUCUUUCUCUUUAUGCAUCCGAUGAGCAAAACUGGAAAUCGUUGAUGAUUUCAAGCCCUGAAGUUGGUGGGCAAACGUUCCAGACAACCAGACGAAAACUAGCUCACUACAUCGUUAACUCCGUAGCUCUUCUGGAGCUUUUGAUUGCAUCGCUCAGUUUUCCUCAACGAAUAACAUGAAGUUCGAUUUAAAGUUUCUUCUUUAGAUGACUGGAAAAUGGUGUGAUGCAGUCAGAAACUCUCCUUGUGGUUGUUUUCGUCGGAUGACCUUAUUGGUUGGCUGCAGUGAACGUGUCCCUUCAAAAUGCAAAAUACACAAACUACAUCUGAUCGAGUGAUUUCUGACUCCUAAGACAAGAAGAAAUUUAAAGUUAGUCGAUCGGUGAAAUAUAAACUUGUAGAGAUUUGAUGCGUGAAGUGUUUUUUUUCUCCUUAAAGGACGAUGCCUUUGUUUAUUUUUUUUAUCCAUUUGCAUACUUCACAUCCCCGUACUGUACGUUAGACAAGAACUGAAGCGGACGUGCCGUUUCAUUUGGAUUUAAAACAUAUUUCAGGUGGAUUUACAUAUCAUAUAGAAAUAACAGGAAGCAACAGCCCCCUGCUGGGAAGCUAAAUGUACAAAAACACAGAUUCCCCCCCCCCCUAUAAUCAGCAACCCCUGACUCUAAGAGAUGCUGCUGAUGCAGCUGAUCAGAUAGCCAGAUGUUUCUGCAGCUGGACCAGUCAGCAGCAGGGUCACUGAGGUUUCCACCGAUGGGUUUGAAGCAGGUUCAUCUGUGUUCGACGGUGCAGGAACUCAAAAGUUGAGCGUCAUUGUUGGUGUCGCUCUGAAGGCUCUGAGGUUUCAAUCAGGAAUCUUCUCACAACAAAGGAAAAUGUGUUUUUUCUUGGCUCUGAUCGGGGAUUGUCUUUGAGAACUAAAAGCUGACAGGAGUGAAGUCUUGAGUCGAGUCCUCUGGUUAGACAUGUGGCCGUGCAGUGCAGCGGAUCAGAUGUUACAAAUGACAGAAGAUGGAUCUAUUCACUUGUAUAGAAAGUGCUUCAAAUGCAGAGUCUAUUAGAGAAAAACAAGCUUUAUUAACUCAUGUAAAUUAAUAUUUUUCUAAGUGGCUAAGUAGUGCUUGAUCUUGAUUUUUUUUUGUUUUGUUUUGUUAGAGACUGAAGGAAAAAAAUGCAGAUUCGUUAAUAAAUUUAGCUCGUUUCUGACCACCAACACCAGAUUCACCGACCAUUUCAAUGCGAUGAUUCUACUCCCGUCUGUCUUUCUAACUUUAAACGGAAGAAGAACUGCUGUAAACGUGGGACAGAGUGGGGAGGUGUUCGACAUAAACGCUGUGAAAAGGCUCAUCCUACACUGUUGGUGCUCCCGCCGUUAGACUAAAGCUUCCACCGAGUGCUGCUAAAGCUUUAAAAUACAAACACUUUUUUUUUUUUUUUUUUUAGGAUAACGUGACAUUUUUGCGACAGUCUAAUGUAUUAAUGUAACUCUGUCGAGACUGAGAGGCUGACCAAGCACGGCACAGGGUGUGUUUUGUUUUCGAGAACAAACUCACACUUUGGUCGUAGCUUUAUCUCCAUCUGUUGUUCACACGGUUUCCAUAUCAGGUUGAGAAUUAAACUGUUGAACUGAAAUAUCUUCUGGGAUACACGUUGAAAUGUCUUAAUGUUGAAGGGUGUUCUUUAUUUCCUUUUUUUUUUAAAUAUAUUGUUUUUAUCGUUACCUGAACUGUGUUUCUUUAAUCUCCACUCAUGUCAGUUUCUGUAUUUUGUUCUGAAAGUUAAAUUAAUAUGUUUUUACACAAAACUGAUCAGAUUGUUCUUUUUUUUUUGUGAUUGACACAUAACGGUUCUUCUUUUGGAAUUAUGUUAGAGGUUUUUUUGUAAAAAAAAAAAAAAUCACAUUUGUUUUGUUAGUUGGAAGCUGGUGAUCAAUUUAACUGUUGUGAUUAUUGGGAUUGAUCUGGUUAACAGGGUAUCCAUGUAGUGAAUGGAUGGGAUGAUUUUACAUUAUGCAAAAAGCUUGAAUUAAUUUAGCACUUGUACAGCAAUUAAAAUGCUUCUUACGUUA